AGGCGCCCAGGCGCGCGCGGAGCGAGGCGGCCGCAGCGUCCCCGCGCGCGGCCCGGGCCCGGCAGGAGCGCGGAGCCGCCGCCGCCGCCGCCGCCGCCGCCGCCUGGCCAUGCGGCUCCAGGGCCGGGGAACUGGGCUCGGGCCCGCGCCGCCCCCCGCGCGCCGCCCCCGCUGAGCCCGCGCCCGCCCGGGCGCCGCCCGGCACCAUGGUGCAGAAGUCUCGCAACGGCGGCGUGUACCCUGGCCCGAGCGGGGAGAAGAAGCUCAAGGUGGGCUUCGUGGGGCUGGACCCAGGCGCGCCCGACUCCACCCGAGACGGCGCGCUGCUCAUCGCCGGCUCCGAGGCCCCCAAGCGCGGCAGCAUCCUCAGUAAGCCGCGCGCGGGCGGCGCGGGCGCCGGGAAGCCCCCCAAGCGCAACGCCUUCUACCGCAAGCUGCAGAAUUUCCUCUACAACGUGUUGGAGCGGCCGCGCGGCUGGGCUUUCAUCUACCACGCCUACGUGUUCCUGCUGGUCUUCUCCUGCCUCGUGCUGUCUGUGUUCUCCACCAUCAAGGAGUACGAGAAGAGCUCGGAGGGCGCACUCUACAUCCUGGAAAUCGUGACCAUCGUGGUGUUCGGCGUGGAGUACUUCGUGCGGAUCUGGGCCGCGGGCUGCUGCUGCCGGUACCGCGGCUGGAGGGGGCGGCUCAAGUUUGCGCGGAAGCCCUUCUGUGUGAUCGACGUCAUGGUGCUCAUCGCGUCCAUCGCCGUGCUGGCCGCCGGCUCCCAGGGCAACGUCUUCGCCACGUCGGCGCUGCGCAGCCUGCGCUUCCUGCAGAUCCUGCGCAUGAUCCGGAUGGACCGGCGCGGCGGCACCUGGAAGCUGCUGGGCUCCGUGGUCUACGCGCACAGCAAGGAGCUGGUCACUGCCUGGUACAUCGGCUUCCUCUGCCUCAUCCUGGCCUCGUUUCUGGUGUACUUGGCGGAGAAGGGGGAGAACGAUCACUUUGAUACCUACGCGGACGCGCUCUGGUGGGGCCUGAUCACCCUGACAACCAUUGGCUACGGGGACAAGUACCCCCAGACCUGGAACGGGAGGCUCCUGGCGGCAACCUUCACCCUCAUCGGCGUCUCCUUCUUCGCUCUUCCUGCUGGCAUCUUGGGGUCUGGCUUUGCCCUGAAAGUUCAAGAACAGCAUCGUCAGAAGCACUUUGAGAAGAGGCGGAACCCUGCGGCAGGCCUGAUCCAGUCCGCCUGGAGGUUCUACGCCACCAACCUGUCACGCACGGACCUGCACUCCACGUGGCAGUACUAUGAGCGCACGGUGACCGUCCCCAUGUACAGCUCGCAAACUCAAACCUACGGGGCCUCCAGACUGAUCCCGCCGCUGAACCAGUUAGAGCUGCUUCGGAACCUCAAGAGCAAAUCUGGACUCACCUUCAGGAAGGAGCCCCAGCCGGAACCAUCCCCAAGUAAAGGCAGACGGUGCACAGAGUCCCUGUGUGGAUGCUGCCCAGGACACGCUAGUCAGAAGGUCAGUUUGAAAGACCGUGUCUUCUCCAGCCCCCGCGGCGUGGCUGCCAAGGGCAAGGGGUCCCCUCAGGCCCAGACCGUCCGGCGGUCGCCCAGCGCCGACCAGAGCCUGGAGGACAGCCCAAGCAAGGUGCCCAAGAGCUGGAGCUUCGGGGAGCGCGGCCGCGCGCGGCAGGCCUUCCGCGCCAGGGGCGCCGCUUCCCGGCAGAACUCGGAAGAAGCAAGUCUCCCAGGGGAGGACAUUGUGGACGACAACAAGAGCUGCAACUGCGAGUUUGUGACGGAGGAUCUGACCCCGGGCCUCAAAGUCAGCAUCAGGGCCGUGUGUGUCAUGCGGUUCCUGGUGUCCAAGCGCAAGUUCAAGGAGAGCCUACGGCCCUACGACGUGAUGGACGUGAUUGAGCAGUACUCGGCCGGCCACCUGGACAUGCUAUCCCGCAUCAAAAACCUGCAGUCCAGAGUGGACCAGAUCGUGGGGCGAGGCCCGGCCAUAGCGGACAAAGACCGAGGCAAGGGCCCGGCUGAGGCAGAGCUGCCCGAGGACCCCAGCAUGAUGGGACGGCUGGGGAAGGUGGAGAAGCAGGUCCUGUCCAUGGAGAAGAAGCUGGAUUUCCUGGUGAACAUCUACACGCAGCGCAUGGGCGUCCCCCCGACGGAGACCGAGGCCUACUUCGGGGCCAAGGAGCCGGAGCCGGCGCCGCCAUACCACAGCCCCGAGGACAGCCGGGACCACGGCGGCAGGAACGGCUGCAUCAUCAAGCUCAUCCGCUCCACCAGCUCCAUGGGCCAGAAGAACUUCUCGGCGCCCCCUGCCGCGCCCCCCGCCCAGUGCCCGCCCUCCACCUCGUGGCAGCAGCAGUGCCACCCGCGCCAGGGCCACGGCACCUCACCCGUGGGGGACCACGGCUCGCUGGUGCGCAUCCCGCCGCCACCCGCCCACGAGCGGUCCCUGUCCGCCUACAGCGGGGGCCACCGGGCCAGCACGGAGCUCCUGAGGUCGGAGGACGGCCCGGCCUGCAGGCCCCACGAGGGCGCCCUGCGGGACAGCGACACGUCCAUCUCCAUCCCGUCCGUAGACCACGAGGAGCUGGAACGCUCCUUCAGCGGCUUCAGCAUCUCCCAGUCCAAGGAGAACCUGGACGCCCUCAACAGCUGCUACGCCGCCGCCGCCGCGCCGUGCGCCAAAGUCAGGCCCUACAUUGCGGAGGGCGAGUCGGACACGGACUCGGACCUCUGCACCCCGUGCGGGCCCCCGCCGCGCUCUGCCACGGGCGAGGGCCCCUUCGGCGAUGUGGGCUGGGCCGGGCCACGGAAGUGAGGCCGCCCGCCGGCCUGCCCCUGACUCCUGGCCUCCCGGGCUUGAGGCGGACCCUCCGGGGCCCUUUGCUUAGAGUAGCGCAGCCCGGGUGCCCGUGUGGGGUGCCGGGCAGACGCGGCCCUUGGUCUCGCACUGGAGGUCGGCAGAAAUUCUUCUCCAGCGAGGGGCAGCCUGGCUGGCCGUGCCCACUCUGCAGACUCUGCAGACUGUUGGCCUGGGCAUGACAGAGGCCGGGGUCAAGGCUGAGGACGGGCCCCUGGCGGCUGGGUCGAGGCAUGGGCUGGGAGCGGGGCCGGGUGAGGGUGGCAGCGAGGGGCAGGCCUGUCUUGUGAGGAUCAGUGGCCUUGAGGCCUGGGUGGGCGGUGGCUGGCCCCUCGGGCGUGGCUGGUCUCCGCCCCCCCUUCCUGUCCUGCCCCAUCUGUCUUGGGUGCCCACCCAGAGCUUCUGGUCAGUGUCGCCCUCCUUCCUGUGGGUUCUGAGUGUCCUGUGAUGGGAGCCGGCCCCAAGUCCAGUACCCUGGCCUGCAGGGGGCAGGGGGGCGAGGCUUGGGACCACCCCAGAGCAGAGCAACCCUCAGACCUCCCGAACCUGGCUCUUGUGGGGAGGGGCCCGCUCCACAGGCUCCUGGAAGGGGGCUCUUGGGGGCUCCCUUCUGGAUGUGGAAGAUGGCGGGUGUGCCCCCGUGUCCUCUCCCCUCUCCCCUGGCCGGGUGCUGGUCACCAGGCUGUGGCCAGCACUGCUAUAUGGACCUGCCUGUGGGGAGAGGUGCUGGGAGGCUGGGGCACUGCCCCACACUGGGCUUGUGCUCUGGGGUCCUGGGCCGGGCUGGUCAUGGUGAGCAGAUGUGCAUGCUGUCCUCCCCUGGGGACCCUGCCUUGCCUGUCUCCCAUCAGCCCCUGACGGGGCCCGGGCUGGACAGUGCCACAGCCGUCGGGGAAAUCUUCAGUAGGGCGACCCCCGCCGUCCAGAGGCCAAGGCAGCUCUGUCUUGUAGGCGUCUCUCCUGUCCCCGCGGAGCUGACCGUCCCCCACCUGCUCUCCUCCACUCACCGGCCCCUUGGCUGUGACCUCUUGCUGUCUUGGAGUCAGAGCUGCCCAUCCCCACCCUGUAUCCUGGGAAGCAGUGGCCCCCGUCAUUCCUAUCCCGGGCACCUGGGUCUGUAUCCUGGGAAGCAGUGGCCCCCGUCAUUCCUAUCCCGGGCACCUGGGUCUGUAUCCUGGGAAGCAGUGGCCCCCGUCAUUCCUAUCCUGGGCACCUGGGUCUGUGGGGCAGCAGCUCUGAGCUGGGAUUCCAGCCCCAGGAGGCGGAGUGGACCCUGUCCUGGGCCCCCAGCUGUCAGUGCGCGGGGGCCUCUGGCAUUUGGGGUGACACACGGUUCAGGGAGAGCCUCGCUGUCUCCUCAGGGUGCUUGUGUCCGUCCUGGUCAGUGAGGGAAUCCGCUUGCUCUCUGGGAAGGACUUUGAAAGCAACAUCACGUGCCCCUGGCUGUCAGGGUCCUGACGCUCUGAGAUCUCUGGGGAGCAGUGUCUGCAGUAGCCUCUGUGCAUGGCCCCCGCCCUCGCCAGGACACCCAGGGUCCCACCUGUGUGCACCUCUCUGCUGGGGCUGCUGGCCAGGCGGCUGGAGGGCGGGCUGGGCCUAGUGCAGGAGGAUCCAGGCUCGGAGUCGGAAACCGUGGUGUGCGCUCAGGGCCGCAGCACGAGGAUACCCCUCUCUUCCAGCCUCCCGGGAGGGGUUGGUCGUGGAACCUUCCAUGUGGCCCCACCGGCCCCCUCCGCCCGGCGUGUCUGCUCCGUGCCCCCUCUCUUGUUCUCGAAGGCAGUGUUUCUCCACCUCAGACCCUCAGUGGUGAGAAAAGCCCCUCCCAGUGUGGUACUCGGUGUGGCUGGUGUGAAGGGGCCCCGGCGAGUGGCCGCUCCUCUGCGUGAGGUCUGAGCCCGCCUUCGCCCUCCUGCCGUGGGAGAGGGAGGCCCCAGCUGCAGGCCCCUGGGCCAAGCACGUGCACAUCCUGCCCAGCCCAGCCCCUGCUCUCUGGCCCUGGGAGAGUCAGGUCAGGCCGCCAGCAGCACGGACCCUCCCCUGUCGGAUCUCGGUGGCCGUGGGUGCUCGACCCUACUGGGAGGGGCCCUUGGCCACUGGAGAGAGUUUUGUGUCCUGUCCCACACGCUCCCUGUGCCGUGGGCCCCUGGUGACGGGAGGUGCCGGCCCAGACAUACCUCUUGUCCCCAGAGCUGCUGAGCCGGACGCAGGCCCCAAGGCCACUGCUGGGAGGGUCUCCGAGGUUGCAGCAGGAGGGGUUGAGGCUAGACUGUCAGACGUGCUGCACUUAGCAAGGGGGCUAAGCUAGCAAGGGGGCUGUGCUAAGCUAGCAAGGGGGCUGUGGCGUCUCCUCUGUGAAAUCGCGGCCCCUUGGAAGACAGGAGACCCAUGUCUCCGCUUGAGGGACGGUUUGGGGGGGCAGUUUUGGGAGAUGAUGGAGUAGAGGCUCCUUCUCAGGGGCCCCCAGACCCCGGCCCAAACAGUGCGUGAUCCUCCCAGCGUCCAUCCACUGCCCUGGGGUCCCCACCUUCAAGAAGUGUAGAAGGAAAGAAGCUGGGCGCUUUGGGAAGUCGGCGUGCUUGGGCGCGCGUGUGACUGCCGAGGACCCGCCCUGCUCCUCAGCAGGUGUGGCGAACGUUUCCCAGGACAAGCAUUUUAGUUACUAGAGCACGCGCCGCCCCCCAGCCCCUGACACACGCCUGUGCUGACACUCACGCCUGUGAACGUGCAGCACACACGCACGCACACAUACCGCACAUGCUGGCACACAGAGUCAUGCACAUGCAUUCUCACCCCCCCGCCGCACGUGCACACCCCAUGCACGCACGCUCACACACCCAUGUGCACACCCACACCCACGCACGCACGCUCACACACCCAUGGGCGCACGCUCACAUCCCCCCACGCACGCACUCACACACCCACGUGUGCACUCACACCCAUGGGCGCACGCUCACAUCCCCCCACGCACGCACUCACACCCACGUGCGCGCGCACACGUGCGCACACACACACACCCACGUGCGCACACACACACACCCACGCGUGCACACUCACACACCCACGCACGCCCACUCACACAUCCACGCGCGCACAUACCCCCACAUGCGCACACACGCACGCUUACCCCCCCCACGCACGCUCACACACCCACGUGCGCAGACACGUCGUCUGGCUCUGUGGCUCUGCCUGCUUUAAGCAGAGGAAUUAACGACUCUGGAGUUGCAGACAGUCCUGGGACGUUGAUCCCUGGGUCGUGGUUCCAGCUGUCCCAGGCCUCCGGGCAGCACCGGACACGGUCCACUCGAGCCCAUCCAGGUCCCCCCCGCCCCCCCCCCCCAGCUGCCCUGGAGGCCGUCCAGGACGUCGGGUCAGCCAGAGACCAAGAGGUCCUGGCGUCCACGGGCGUCCAGCUGUGACGCGGGGGCUCUGGCGCCUCCGUCUGCCCUCCUCAGCCAUGUGGCCCGGCCCCGGCCCCCUCUCCUUUCUCUGGCCCAACACCCCCUUCUUCUGUCUGCGUGACAGCGUGAGCUGUGGCUGUCCUGGAGGAUGGAGGGACCUCAGCCAGGUGGCAGGGAGCUCCCUUCCGGGCCUGCCUGCCCGGCCCUUCCCCGUGGGAGACCACAGCGGCCCCACCUUCCUUUGGGGGUACUUGCCUGUGAGUCCGCAUCACGAGGGCCCCCGGUGGGCCUGUAAUCGCCACGUGCAGCCCAGAGCAGAGGUACCGGCCAGGCGGCCGCUCACGGCUUUCACAGGUUGGUUGGUUUUAACUUCUCCAUUCCCUGGGCCUGUCCCCCGGUGGCCACUGAUCUGAGACGUAAACACGGGAGAGACGGGGGAGGCAUCCUGUUUUCUUCUGCUCCCCGCCCCGUGAGGCAGACGCCCCCGUCCAUGCUGUUUGUGGACAGAACGAGGCCCUGGGACAUCUCUGGACGCUUCCGAAGGCCUGAAGGGUGGAGGCUGCGGGGCGGCCUUUGUAGGAGCCUUGUUUGCACUAUUUCACACUCGCCCCAAACGUAAAGAAGGUGCUGGGCGCUCGUGGAGGCAUCUGGCCCGGAUUUCCCGCUGCGAAGUCAAGAUCGGAUCCGCCCCCCACGUCAGACCCUUGAAUAAGCAAGGUGUGAAGAGGGCUGGUUUGGCGGUGAGGACCCACCUGGAGGGUUUGGUGCACCUGCACCCAGGGAGUUCUGCACAGCAGGAGGGGCUUCGUGACCCCAUAACCCCCAGUGCACACUGGUUCCCGAUCAAACACUCCCUCCCUGGCCGGCGCUGUCCUGCGUGGUCCUCAGCUGCCCUCAGCAGUGGUGUGGACAGCCCUGCUCUCUGAGACCCCUGAGCAGACCUCCAGGCCGCCUGCUUGGAUACACGGACGUUCGGUGUGGGGCAGGGGGGCUGGGCUGCCUGCUUGUGGUGCCCAGGGGAGCCUGCGUGGCUGUCCCAGGACAGCUGCCUCCUGCGUUCCCGCCCCCAGGGGCGGGCUCCACUAGGGCCGCUCGCCACCAAGUGCCAAGUGGGAGAGACAACUAGGGAGAGCUUCCUGAAGGAGGCGGUGUGCUGGGAUCAGGGGCUCAUGCCUGCCUUCUCUCCAAGGGAUCUGGGAGAGCUGCUACCCAGGCCCGGACACUGUAGCCCCUGGAACCUGCCCCCCCUGAGUGGGUCCCACAGUUGGCUGGAUUCUGCUGUCUUGUAAGGGGUGGGGGCUGGCGGCAGACACCAGAGGAGGGGAUGCUGGGGAGAGGGGAGCUUAGGAAGCCGGUAGAGAGCAUGAGAAAGAGAUGCCCUCUGGGUCGGAGGAGGAGUUGGGUGGUCUCUUGUCUUGGACCCUUGCAUGGGUGCCCCCGCCCGACAGAGGUGUGGCUGGAUGGCCCUGUCCAGAGACACCCUCGGGACGGGCAGAUCAGGUGCCAGGAGAGGAGGGGACCCUCAUGGGGGGUUGUCCUCCGUCCUGGGGUUUCCAGGUGGGUGAGCGGACUUUGCCAAAUGCCGCACGUGCAGCUCUGACUGGGUUUCAUAAAGUUGUUGCCUUAAUGCACGUUGAUGAAAAUUCACCAGGGUCACCCCCUGCCCCCUUGGCGUCCUCCAGGCACCGACACAGAACCCCGCUGCCUGUCUCCAUUCAGGAUCUGCAGGACCAUGUCCAUAGCUAGCGCAGCGUGGGCAGCGGGCCUCACGGCAUCACUCCUGCAGGGGCCCAGCCCACCCGCCCGCCCGGGGGGUCCCUGUGCCCCCAUCCCACGCCGUCCUCACAGCCAUCGCCCGCCCUCCGGCCGCAAGGCGGCUGCAGUCCCCGACCUGCGCUGUUGCUUUGGCUGUCUUUGCACUUUUGUUCACGUUCACGCUCCAAAGAAUAUGUCAUGAUGCCUUCAGUGCUGACGAGCACCGUCUCACGCAAGUCCCUGCAGCACAGCCGGGCCUCUUCUCCUGGGUGUGUCACACACACCCCUCCCGUGACAGGUGACGUGUGCGCUGUCCGUUUUCUAGGGACAGACGCCCAGGGAAAGAACUCUAGUUUUCUAUGGACCAGCCGAGAUUCUCACUCCACUCACUGUCAGGUUGACACUUGUGCCGCCAGGAGGGCCCAGUGCGGGUCUGCCCGGGGACUGCAGGUGUGGAAUCUGGCGGCAGGGACACAUGUGGAAAGUUCUGGAAAGCUCUACCGCCACGGGGACGAGUUUGGAUGCCCAGUGGACCUGUGCACUUAGUAAAACACAGUGAUUCAACCUGGA